AUAGAAACGGCGACAUGUCAACAAAUUGAAAUUUCCUUCAAUUCACGCAAGUCGCGAAGAAAUAAUUUAAUUACGAUGAAAAACAUUGUUUUUUAGUAACGAAAACUUGAAUUGCACCUAGUCUACCUUCCAAAGAUCGUCUCCAUGAUGGGCCUACUGAAUAUUUUGAAAAAGCUGCGCUCUAACCCUGACAAAGAGUUGCGUUUGCUACUUCUUGGACUGGAUAACGCUGGUAAAACGACACUCCUGAAGCAGUUGGCCUCAGAAGAUGUGAAUCAUGUCACUCCCACAGCGGGUUUCAAUAUUAAAUCGGUUUUAUCUAAUGGUUUUAAGCUAAAUGUGUGGGAUAUCGGCGGUCAGAGGAAGAUAAGACCGUACUGGAGAAACUAUUUCGAAAAUACCGAUAUUUUGAUUUAUGUAGUGGACUGUUCUGAUCACCAAAGACUGGAGGAGACAGGCCAGGAGUUAGCAGAAUUACUGGAAGAUGACAAGUUACGUGGCGUACCACUGCUGGUGUAUGCAAAUAAACAAGACUUGGCUACAGCGUUACCAGCCAGUGAGAUAGCCCAGCACCUAGGUCUGCACCUCAUUAGAGAUCGCACUUGGCAGAUACAAGCUUGUGUAGCUACUGACGGCACUGGAGUUAAGGAAGGAAUGGAAUGGGUCUGCAAAAACAUCCCAGCUAAGAAAUAAAACAUUUCUAUACUUAUGAUAAAAAUAAUUCCUUACGCUUAACGUUAGUAGAAGUUGUAUUAUUGUCUUUAAAUAAUAAUAAUGUUAAAAAAUAAUCACUACCAAAUAAAAAUAAUGAUAUUAUUUAUUUUAUUCUAGUCUGAAGGAAACCGUCCAAAGUUAUAUUAUGUAGUUAUGAAAUAAUUUAUCAGCCUAUUCGAUGCUUGACUAUCUAUUGCAGAUAUUAAAUGACUUUAUAUACUUUCAAGUGCCUAAUAAGUUCGAUUUAUUCUAUAUAAAUCUAUGUAGAAAGAAGCAAUAACCGCAGUUUAGAUAUAUGCUCUUGUAAACAGUUGUGAAUCUACGUACUAAAGUUUGUAACAAUGUCACUCACACACGCAUGUGCUCGAUAAAAUGCUCGUCGAUGCAUGUGUGUGCGUUACAUUUUCAUGAACGUCACAACUGUUCACAGAAUAUAUCUAAACUGUACAAUAGGUAACUGAUCAUUCAAUUGGUACAGUCAGAGACAAAAUUUUGACUCUAGAUCAGCGGUAUGUAGGUAGGUUCCUGUCUACGUCAAGUUCUAACUAAGUCAUGUUCUUAAUAAUUUUAAUUCCCUAGUUUAUAAUUUUAAUUUAUAUGACUGACGUUACUUUAAUUUCUGUAUCUUAGUGAGUCUUUGUAGAAUUUUUUGCGAUUGAAUGAAAUAAUAAUCAAAAAUAUUAAAUAAUAAUGGAAAAUAUUGUAACUCUUGAGAACGAUAAUUAUGAUGUUUAUUAAUUAUAUACGAGCACAUAAAUAGGUGCUAAGAAAAAAGAUUUAAACUAAAUAAUUGAAAUAUUAGAUGUAGUACAGUCAGCAGCAAAAGUUUAUUUUUAUGUUAAAUUAAUAAUUAUGAUUAUAUUAUGAUAAAACAAUUUAAGGGUCCAUUAAGAAAUUUUCGAAAAAUCCGUCCGUAGGUAUAUAGUAAUAAAUAUACUUUAUGUAGUAAUAUUUCAUUUAUUUGUUGCGGAUUUAUAAAAUUAUGUAUUCUUUAUACCUUAAUUAGGCUCGCACCUAUGUGCAUGAUUCUCUAAAAUUGAAUUCCCACUGUUUGCAAUUUUAAGUUUUCUACGAUUGUAAUUUGCAUACAUAGGUAUAUGCCUUCCAUUUAAAUAAAUAAUACGAGUUUUCAGUCUAA